CUCCUCUCAUCACAAACACACACAAAAAACAAUUGCUUUUUCCGCUGCUUUCUCUGGGAGCUCCUCCGCUCCUACUACUACCACUCCUCCCCUGCUCACUACUAUCAUAAUUUGCUGAAAAGCCCUUUCUUUUUAUCAAAUUCUCACUCUCACUCCAUUCUGAGUCAUUUCUUUUUCUUCCAGCUCUAACCAUGGGGAGUUUCGCUCUUCACUCUCUCUCCUCCACUUCUUCCUACUCUCUCUCUUCCCGCUCCACCUUGCUUCGUUAUCAUCGCUCUCCUCCACCCGCCAUCUCCAAAUCCCAACUCUCCGUUUCCUCUUCUCCCUCCGUCUUGACCCUUCGAUCGUCCACUCUCUUCUCCCCAACCAAACCCAUCGUCUUCUCUCCCCUCCGCAAGACCCAUCUUCAGAUCCAAGCUGCUGCUGCUGCUGCUUCUUCCUCUUCUUCAUCCGUAAAGCCGUCGCCAUCGCUGCCUGUCCAAGGUGCGAAGGUUGUUCCUCUGAUCAUUUCCAUCGCCAUUGGAGUCGUGGUCAGAUUCUUCAUCCCCAAACCCGUCGAAGUGACCGCUCAGGCAUGGCAAUUGCUGGCGAUUUUUCUUUCGACGGUGGCCGGUCUGGUGCUGAACCCCUUGCCGGUCGGGGCUUGGGCGUUUGUAGGAAUGACGACGUGUAUUGCGACGAAGACUCUGCCGUUCACGGCGGCUUUCGGCGCCUUCACCAGUGAGGUAAUGUGGCUGAUUGUGAUUUCGUUCUUCUUUGCUAGAGGGUUUGUGAAGACCGGGUUGGGCGAUCGAAUUGCGACGUUCUUGGUGAAAUGUUUUGGGAAGAGUACGUUGGGAUUGUCGUAUGGGUUGACGGUUGGGGAGGCCUUGAUUGCGCCGGCAAUGCCGAGCACGACGGCGAGAGCUGGUGGGGUCUUCUUGCCUAUAAUUCAGUCGUUGGCGCUAUCGUCGGGGAGUAAACCCGGUGAUCCUUCCAAGAAGAAGAUUGGUGCUUAUCUGAUUCAGUCCCAGUUUCAGGCUGCUGGUAGCUCUAGUGCGCUUUUCUUCACCGCUGCGGCUCAAAAUUUGUUAGGCAUUAAAUUGGCUGAGAAAGUUGGGGUGGUAAUUCCAAACAUUUGGAUGACUUGGUUCAAGGUUGCCAGUGUACCUGCCAUUGUUUCGCUUCUAGUUUCGCCACUAGUUUUAUACAUAAUUUAUCCUCCAGAAACCAAGGACACUCCUGAAGCCCCUGCUAUGGCUGCCAAGAAACUGGAAAGCAUGGGUGCUGUUACGAAAAAUCAAUGGAUUAUGGUUGGUACAAUGCUUCUUGCGGUAUCCUUGUGGGUCUUUGGAGAAACUAUCGGCAUACCAAGUGUUGUGGCUGCAAUGAUUGGUUUAUCUAUACUUCUUUUGACAGGAGUCCUUGAUUGGAGUGACUGUUUAAAUGAAAAAUCAGCAUGGGAUACCUUGGUAUGGUUUGCUGCUGUAGUGGGUAUGGCUAGCCAGUUGACAGACCUUGGUAUUGUAUCUUGGAUGUCUAACUCCGUCGCCAAGUUCCUCAGCUCCUUUUCUUUGAGCUGGCAAGUCUCAUUCGGUGUUCUUCAAGCAACAUAUUUCUUAGUUCAUUACCUCUUUGCAAGUCAAACGGGUCAUGUAGGUGCUUUAUAUGCUGCUUUUCUCGCUAUGCAAAUCGCAGCUGGGGUGCCUGGUGUGAUGGCAGCAUUGGCUUUAUCUUACAGUACAAAUCUUUUUGGUGCUCUAACACAUUAUAGCAGUGGACAAGCAGCUGUCUACUAUGGAGCUGGUUAUGUAGACCUGCCUGACGUAUUCAGAAUCGGGUUUGUGAUGGCUGUAAUUAAUGCUCUCAUCUGGGGUGUAGUUGGAUCUUUCUGGUGGAAAUUUUUGGGACUCUAUUGAUUGAUUCCAAAGUUGUUAAAUAAGGGAAUGGUCUCCACUGUUGUAUAAUAAUGUCAUUUUUCAGGUCAGUGUUGACUGUGGAGAUCAUCUUUUUGUCUCAGAGAAAGCUUUUCGAGGUUUAGCUUUCAUUUAUUGCCUUAGCCUUUUUCAUAGUUGCAUUGGUUGCAGUGACGUUAAUUCAAUUACGAAUUUUUUCAAUGAAAGCCAAAAAAUAAUAAUAGAUUAAUUUUCACA